UGUUCAGAUCAAAGAUAUGAUGUCUAUGGUUCAGAUUAAAAAAACAUUGAGGUUAGAAUAGAAAUUAAAUGUUUAGAAAAGUCACUGUCAAAGUUUUUAAUAUUUCUUUUUGAAAAGUGAAUGUUUUGUGCCUGAAGAUAAUAUAAAAUAAAUUUAAAAAAAUAUUAUGUGUAUGUGAUAAAAAGGAAAUUUAAGAACCAAACUAAAAAUGUUUAAUUUGUGGUCAAAGCCUGAUCCAAAAGAUGAACAGAAGGAAGUAGAUAGGCAACUAAGAAAAGUAGGAAGAGACAUAGAGAGAGAUCGUAGACAACUAGAAAGAGAUGAGAACAAAUUGGAACUAGAAAUAAAAAAAUUGGCCAAAAGCGGAGACACAGAAGGAUGCAAAAUUCUGGCGAAACAAUUAAUAGCGCUUCGAAAACAGAAACAACGAACCUAUACAGCUAACAGCAAAGUGCAGAAUAUAGCGUUUCAAAAUAAAGCUAUGGGUGCUAAUGUCAAAUUGGCAGAAGCCAUGGGUACUGCAGGCAAAACUAUGUCAGACAUGAACAAGAUCAUGAAACCGGAACAAAUUGCAGCUACUAUCAAUGCAUUUUCUAAGGAAAAUAUGAAAAUGGAAAUGACAGAUGAAAUGAUAAAUGACUCGUUAGAUGACAUGUUAGGUGAAUCAGGAGAUGAAGAAGAAAGUGAUAACAUUAUCACUCAAGUUUUGGAUGAAAUCGGCAUUGAAAUGAGUGGCAAGAUGGCCGGUGCGCCAUUACCAGAGUCAGGAAAGAUAGGGCAACGUUCAAAAUCUAAAGGAAUUAGCGAUGAAGAAAUUGAAGCACAACUUUCACAAUUAAGGCAAUAAAUUUAUAAAUAAUAAAGUUAUAUUAUGUAUAAUUUGUGUAUAAGUUAAUUAAUUUUUGCUUAUUAAUCAUUUAUUUUUGUUUCGAAUAAUGGGAAGAUGUUUAUGUAAAUGCAAAUAAAAGUCAAUGUAAAAUAGGUAAAAAAUUGUUUGCAAAGAAAUAAAAUGAAAUAAAAAUUAUUAUUAUUAUUA